CAUGCAUAUGGACAACAAGAAAAAAUUGCAUCCAAAAGAUCCUACCCAAUAUCAUUUAUUUCCGCUAAUUUGUUCUUAAACAUGAUGGAAUCAAAAGACGACGAUUAUUGGAACGAUUCAACGAACAAAUCCUUCAACUUCGAUGAAGAUGAUGUGGCAGUUCUCGACAUCCCGAGUGGGUCGAAUAGGCGUAGCUUGUUUGCUGACGACACUGCGUCGGAAGUUAACUUCUCAACGAUACAGCAAGAAUUGCCACUUCACAUGAUUAUUUCCAACGAAGACUUGGCAAGCGUCCUGGAAGAUCAAACGCGAAACGAAAUUCCACUACCCAAAGGAAUCACCAUAGAGGAGGAAAUCAAACUGCUCCGCCGAAGACUGCAGGAGUACAGCUUCGCCCCUUCGGCAGGUUCGGUGAUAGCGAAGCUUUGUUUGGGCAAAGUUUGCUCGCUGGAAAUGUUCCGGUCCCUACAAGAAAAAGAAGAGCUACUAGACGAAGCUAUAGCCUGCGGGAAUGGGAAUGCAAUUUUGAAAGUUGUUAUCUUCUUGGAACAAACGCUUAAGAAAAAGUUAUUCUACCGAUUGCUGCAGACACGACCGGAAGCCGUCAGUCAUUACGUGAACUAUAUGUCCACACGGCUUAAAGUAACCGAAUGCACAGAUCUAUUGGUAUAUCUGGGAAGACAUCACGAAGCAAGCUUGCUUCAGUUUUCAAUAUACGUCCGCAGCACCACCAACAUCGAGUUCAAACGGCAAAGGUUGAAAAAAAUUUACAACGACUAUUUUUCGCAGCCCGGAGCCAAUAACUUUUAUGCCCAACUGGUGGCGAAUUACAUAAACUUGCUCGAAUUUCAGGUAGCUCAGCAGCAUAGUUCAAAUGCGCCCAUGGUUGGUUCAAUCCUGGACCAAUCCGUACUGGUGACGCUGUUCUACGUUUGCAGUCGAUAUCGCUGGGGUAUUGAUACAGCUUUAGCAACACACGAGAACCCCUUCAAACUGGUGGAGGCACAUCAAGUUUCCCAGUCGCAGUUCGAAUGGAUUGCGUUGAACGAGCGCGCCAAACAACAGGCGUGGCUAGACUUUGAGCACAUAUUCGAACGGAAAGCGUGGCUGAAUCUCAAACAGAAAUCAUUCAAUCUACACAUUCCCUUGGACAAAACAAUCCUGCGGUUGUUCGCCUUGCAUGCGCCAGAGCCUGUGUUGAAUGGAUUCUUGGUGAAGGUGGAAGAUCCACAUCGACGAUUGACGCUUGCCAGGCGAGUCAACGCUAAGAAAGGUAUUGUGGAUGCUUUGGUGGCUCUGAAGGACCGAUCAGAGUUGGAGAACUUCCGAAACGGAUUGGAAGAAGGAACCGAAGAACGUUUCUAUGCGGAAAAUGCUCUCAAAUCAUUGAACAAUAAAUGGAAAAGUGACGCCUAUAAAUUGAUCAAAUAAGCGUGUAUCAAUUUUGUUAAGUUUAUGUAAUAAAGUUUUAAUUUAUAAAUUUCA